GUUGUUAUGGGGUAAGCUGAGGUGGAUGUCUGUGCUGUUUAUGGUUGUUAUGGGGUAAGCUGAGGUGGAUGUCUGUGCUGUUUAUGGUUGUUAUGGGGUUAGCUGAGGUGGAUGUCUGUGCUGAGCUUCAGAGAUAGUGGGAGGGGAGAGGAGGCGCCUGCACCCUUAAAGUUCAGUGUAUCUUAAUAGUUCAGAGUGGCUCACUGUCUUUGUCUCCUCCUCUUCAUCCACACACACACCAUUAUAUAUGAUGUUGUCGAGAGGAAUGACAGACCUUUCAUUUCUGUUGACUUUAGAGCAUAGGCCUAUGAAAUAUUAGAGGGUUUCAGGUUUAGGUUGUUGUAUGCUUGAGAGAAUAGGUUAUGGGCAAUUCAAACAAACCCACAUUGUAGUGCUGUAGGAGUAGGAUAUUUACACAGAUGUAAACACACAUUUUACAAUCAAAUAACAUCUCUGAAUUUGUUUUAGACAGUUUCAGGCCUAUAGAAAUAGCAGAUAGAAGUGAUAUGCUUUCACUUUUCAGAAUAAGGUCUGUGUGUGUAUGGGCAUUGACAUUUGCUACAUAUGGAUAAGUAGGCUUUUUUUUAGUAUUUUAAGGGUCUCCUUUCUGCUCAAAACACACUGUAAAAUGGUUUACUUUGUCUGAAUGACAAAUGAAAGUGUUAGGUUCACUUCAGUUGCUUCCAAAUGGGUAUCAUUACUAAACAUGUUUUAUCCAUUGGAGGGUGCUGUCUGCUAGUGUUAAGGUCAGUGAUGAGCUGAUAGGAUUUCCUCUCCGUAUGAUGGGUGCUGUCUGCUAGUGUUAAGGUCAGUGAUGAGCUGAUAGGAUUUCCUCUCCGUAUGAUGGGUGCUGUCUGCUAGUGUUAAGGUCAGUGAUGAGCUGAUAGGAUUUCCUCUCCGUAUGAUGGGUGCUGUCUGCUAGUGUUAAGGUCAGUGAUGAGCUGAUAGGAUUUCCUCUCCGUAUGAUGGGUGCUGUCUGCUAGUGUUAAGGUCAGUGAUGAGCUGAUAGGAUUUCCUCUCCGUAUGAUGGGUGCUGUCUGCUAGUGUUAAGGUCAGUGAUGAGCUGAUAGGAUUUCCUCUCCGUAUGAUGGGUGCUGUCUGCUAGUGUUAAGGUCAGUGAUGAGCUGAUAGGAUUUCCUCUCCGUAUGAUGGGUGCUGUCUGCUAGUGUUAAGGUCAGUGAUGAGCUGAUAGGAUUUCCUCUCCGUAUGAUGGGUGCUGUCUGCUAGUGUUAAGGUCAGUGAUGAGCUGAUAGGAUUUCCUCUCCGUAUGAUGGGUGCUGUCUGUUAGUGUUAAGGUCAGUGAUGAGCUGAUAGGAUUUCCUCUCCGUAUGAUGGGUGCUGUCUGUUAGUGUUAAGGUCAGUGAUGAGCUGAUAGGAUUUCCUCUCCGUAUGAUGGGUGCUGUCUGCUAGUGUUAAGGUCAGUGAUGAGCUGAUAGGAUUUCCUCUCCGUAUGAUGGGUGCUGUCUGCUAGUGUUAAGGUCAGUGAUGAGCUGAUAGGAUUUCCUCUCCGUAUGAUGGGUGCUGUCUGCUAGUGUUAAGGUCAGUGAUGAGCUGAUAGGAUUUCCUCUCCGUAUGAUGGGUGCUGUCUGUUAGUGUUAAGGUCAGUGAUGAGCUGAUAGGAUUUCCUCUCCGUAUGAUGGGUGCUGUCUGCUAGUGUUAAGGUCAGUGAUGAGCUGAUAGGAUUUCCUCUCCGUAUGAUGGGUGCUGUCUGCUAGUGUUAAGGUCAGUGAUGAGCUGAUAGGAUUUCCUCUCCGUAUGAUGGGUGCUAUGGUUGGGCCUUAUUUUACAGCCCUCUAUUUACCUGGUGUCCUUAGAAAUUAUAUGGUAAUAAUAGUUAAAUUGCUUGAUAAUUAGGCCCUCCUUCUUAGUGGUUUCUCAUUGAUUGUAACAUGCACCACUAGUACCAUGUUACUUGUUAUAGUGAACAAAAAUAUGAGUUCAACAAUUUCAAAGAUUUUUACAGAGUUACUGUAUAUAUAAGGAAAUCAGUCAAUUGAAAUAAAUGAAUUAGGCCCUAAUCUAUGGAUUUCACUUGACUGGGCAGAGGUGCAACCAUGGUUGGGCCUUGGAGGGCAUUGGCCCACCCACUGGGGAGCCAGGCCCAGCCACUGGGGAGCCAGGCCCAGCCAAUCAGUUUUUCCCCACGAAAUGGCUUUGUUACACACAUAAAUGCACCUCAGUUUCAUCAGCUGUCCAGGUGGCUGGUCUCAGACAAUCCCGCAGGUAAAGAAGCCAGAUGUGGAGGUCCUGGGCUGGCGUGGUUACAUGUGGUCUGCGGUUGUAAGGCUGGUUGGACGUACUGCUAAAUUCUCUGAAACGACGUUGGAGACGGCUUAUGGUAGAGAAAUGAACAUUCAAUUAUCUGGCAACAGCUCUGGUGGACAUUCCUGUAUUCAACAUGCUAAUUGCCCACUCCCUCCAAACUUGAGAUAUCUGUAGCAUUGUGUUGUGUGACAAAACUACACAUUAUAUAUAGCCUUUUAUUGUCCCCAGCAAAAGGUGCAACUGUGUAAUGGUCAUGCUGUUUAAUCAGCUUCUUGAUAUGCCACACCUGUCAGGUGAAUGGAUUAUCUUGGCAAAGGAGAAAUGCUCACUAAAAGAGACAUACAAAAAUGAUGCACAACAUUUGAGAGAAAUAACCUUUUUACCCUGUGGUGGUGUGCGUAGCGCACCAUGGCCCAGACCCUUCAGAUGGCGAUUCCUAACUUUGGCAACAACGUCCUGGAGUGUCUGAACGAGCAGCGUCUCCAGGGGCUCUACUGCGAUGUCUCCGUGGUCGUCAAGGGACACGCCUUCAAGGCUCACCGUGCCGUGCUUGCGGCCAGCAGCUCUUACUUCCGGGACCUGUUCAGCACUGGGGGAGGCAGCGGCUCCAAGACCCCCACAGUGGUGGAGCUCCCCCCGGCCGUCCAGCCCCAGAGCUUCCAGCAGAUCCUGGCCUUCUGCUACACAGGCCGCCUCAGCAUGACAGUGGGAGACCAGUUCCUCCUCAUGUACACCGCAGGAUUCCUGCAGAUCCAGCAGAUCAUGGAGAAGGGCACAGAGUUCUUCCUCAAGGUUUCCUCGCCCAGCUGUGACUCCCAGGGCCUGCAAGCCGAGGAGGCUCCGCCCUCCGAACCCCAGAGCCCCGUCACUCAAACCGUUGCCAUGGGGACUGGCAGUCGCCCCGCCUCCUGCCUUACCCCCCUCCCCCUCAUGUCGCGGGUGAAGACAGAGCAGCAGGGCAACCAAUCAGAAGCCUCGCCCUACUCGGUGGUGUGCACUCCUGUGGCCAAGCGCUUGUGGGAGGGCGGCAGCAGCCGAGACGGGGGUGGAGGCGGCUCAGGUGGAGGCGGAUCCAGGAAGGCCGCCCGCUUUUCCCAGGAGUCUGUGCGAGGGAGUGCCAUCCAGAGCUCGGGGGCGCUGGCACUGGCCAUGGGGAUGGGGGCCAGCGGGCCGGGGAUAGGAUCAGGGGUCGGAGGCCACGGCAGCGGUUCCAACGGGAUUGUGGUCUCCAUGGGCAACGUGGCAUCGGAGGGCGCCAGCCCGGGCACGAUGAGCGCCUACACCAGUGACUCGCCUAUCAGUUACCAUGACGAGGAGGAAGAGGAGGAGGUGACGGAGGAGCAGACGGAGGAGCAGUACAGGCAGAUCUGUAACAUGUACACCAUGUACAGCAUGCUCAACGUGGGCGCCGCAGCUGGUGAGCGUGUGGAGGCCCUGCCGGACCACUCAGAGACCCGGGGUCGUAUGCGGGGUCGCCAGGACCUUUCGUCUCUCCCCGCUGAGCUCAUCACACAGAUAGGCAACCGCUGCCACCCCAAACUAUACGAGGAGGGGGACCCCGCAGAGAAACUAGAGCUUGUCUCAGGUACGUGUGUGUUCAUAUCUCGAGCCCAGCUGAUGAACUGUCAUGUGAGUGCAGGGACCAGACACAAGGUGUUGCUCAGGAGGCUGCUGGCUGCCUUCUUCGACAGGAAUACUCUGGCUAACAGCUGUGGAACAGGAAUCCGCUCCUCCACUAACGACCCCAGCCGCAAGCCCCUGGACAACAGAGUGUUGCACGCAGUCAAAUUCUACAGCCAGAACUUCGCCACGAGCUUCAAGGAGAGCGAGAUGAACGCCAUCGCGGCGGACAUGUGCACCAACGCCCGCCGCGUCGUCCGCAAGAGCUGGAUCCCCAAGCUGAAGCUGCUCAUGGCCGAGGGCGACGCGUACUCCGCCUUCCUCCCUGACGCCAAGAUGGAGGCCGACGCCCUAGGGGCGGAGCCAACCUUUGAACCCAACUCCCUGGAGGGCGCCGAGACGGGUGGCUCGUCUGGCGAGUCGCUGCAGGGGGUGGGCAGCGACGGAGGCACUUUGUUUUAGAUGGGGAGGUGGAGUACAGAAGUGUUUAGAAGACGAUGAUGAAUACCUAUAUUUCCCUGUACUCCUUUCUUCUCCUCUGGUGGUGUGGCCCAUCCCCCUGGCCUUUUGAUCCUCCACCUCCGACAUGUGACUCUGAAACGUUGCUAGGGGAAACAGGGGUUGUUACCUGGAUGUUAACCAGGAAGUUAUGCUUUAAUUUUGAAAGCGAGAGUCUAAGCAAUCGUAACUUCCAAUAUGGUUUCUGCUGUAUAUUAGUAUGGGGGUAGAGAAAGGGUGAUGGGUUUGUGGGGAUGCAGUAUUUUUUGGGGGAUUAACCAAAUUCCUGCCUCACCAUAUCAAAACACAUUCCCCUGGUUUUGAAUGUAGAUGUCAGCAGCAUUGCACAAUGUCAGUCUGAACGAUUGUAUCCCAACCUCUUGAGGAAAAAGAAACCGACAGAAAGAUAACUACUCUAUGGAUAUGAGAGAGACUGUAGUUUCUCUCUCUAGAAUGAGAGAAAGAGAAAAGGGGAGAGAGGGAGCGAUAGAAAGACCCCUAACCCACCAACCCCACACCCUUCUGUGACCAGAACAAAAUGAUUAUGCCCUCAGUUUUAAUGUACUGUCUCUCUUCUUGUAGCUUUUCUGAUCACAGCUCGUUUCUCUGUUUGUAACAUGGAUCCAGAGAUGAGGACUACAGGUGUACAACCUGUAAUUGUAAAGAAAUCCAAGGGGAACAGAAAAAGACGGUCAUAUUUUUUUGAAUAUGUAUUUAUACAACUGUUGUUGUGUACAGAGAGAAAGAGAGGGAUUGGUUUUAAAUCUCUGUUGUUUUAUUGUAUUUUGAACAGCUGUUUUUGCAAAGAAAGUCCUGCUCGGAAAAAUAAGAUUUAAAAGCAAAUAAGUAAAAGUGCUAUUUUUGCAUAAAAAUAUGGUAUUGAUCAAGUGGUCAGAAAAGUCUUAACGUAGGGCCUUUUGAGUUUUUUGUUUUGACAAACUGUUGAACUGAAAAAUAUCUGUUUUUAAGACAGAACUGGGCACUUUCUACCUGCGGCAAUCCAAUAUAGCUUAUCUUAUUCUUGUCCUUUUUUCUCUAUGGAAAAUGUCAAGGAAGCCUACCUAUGUGGCUGUUCACAACGAUGACUGACUCUGUUAUGCUUGCUAGCGACGUUACUAUGCUAGCUAAACUGCUUACUCGGAAAUCACGGCUAAAUGUAAAAAUGCACAGCUUGAAUCAACUGGUGGACUGCUGCAACUAUCGUGCUAGCUAGCUAACCCCUCCUCUGUUGGUUAGUGACUGGUGGACUGCUGCAACUAUCGUGCUAGCUAGCUAACCCCUCUGUUGGUUAGUGACUUGCUCUGAAGCAGACUACUGACAUCAUUACACAUCAUGAGGUGGUGAUUCAAUGACCGGAAAACAUUUGGAAUAAUGGAAUGUGCCUUUUUUAAUCGACAUGGAUAUGCAGGGGUGGGUCCUGCUUAUGUUGAUGUUGGGAAGGAGGGAGUAGAAUGGGGGGUUUAAAAGGUGGCAGGGCGUUCAGCUUGAGACAGAGUUGUAACACACACACACACACACACGUGUUCCAAAGAGAGAUGGGGUGAGGUCAGGGGGAUUGGCAUUCCGGUGGAGUAUGUUGGUGUGUUUUAAACAGUCUCAUAUAUGUGCGAGAGCAAGCAUUUGUGUUCAUUCCUUGAAUGUGACUGAAAAGUAUAUUUGUUCCUGUGCGAUUGAUGUGUGUGAGUGCGCUUUAGGUGGGUGUGUGUGAGUGAGUGUGCUUUUACGUGUGUGUGUCCUCCACCUGGUAGUCUUUUGGAUUGGUUUAAGACUCCCUCUGCUGGGACACUUGUCUUUGUGAACGAUGACCUAUACCAUCUUCCAUACACCUUUGCAAUCCAAAAGAUGUGAGACACCUUCAGAUAGAAAAGUGAUGUAUAGAGCGGACACAAUUCACUUUUCUCCAUACGGCAGAGAAGCAGGUCCACUCUAUGCAUGACAUUUCUGUCCUGAUUGUUUAACUCUCUCUCACGCUUGGUAAAUCCAAAAUGGACAAUGGUGGAUAUGUUAAAGGGGAGGUGAAGCACCUUUUUAAAUGGGAUGAACCCAUGUUUCCUGCACCUUUGAUAAAGGAUUUUGAUGUGUUGUGUGGAGAAUCAACCCAAGGGAUGGCCUUGUUCAAAUACUUUUAAGCGGCAUCCUUCCUCCCUUUCAUUGAUGUAAGCACUUCAGGGAAGGGACUAAAGGAAGGGUGCAUUUAGAGAGUAUUGGAACAUAGCCUGCGUCUCAGAUCUGUGGAUGUGGGAUGCACUGGGAUGACUCCUGUUGUAAAUAUUGGGACCGUUGAGCUGACUUUCUUUCUACGCUCGUCUAGCGAUUUCCUAUGUAGGGUGAUUGUGUAAAAGUGUGGAAGCGAUGAAAGAGGACCGUUUUUUAUAUAUAUUUUUUAUUUUUUACUUGGUCUCGCGUGUUGUCGAGACGUCAUGGAGACUGAUGUGUGUGUGUGUGUGAGCUCCCAGCAUGCAUUUGGCCUACAGGUCGGAGGAGGAUGAUGGUUGCUUUGGUCUUAAAGUACUGGCCUAAUGUGCUACUGAUUUGGUGUGACUGAAGGGAGGGAGGAGAGGUCAUGUUUAGGGAGAGAGGUGUCAUGGCUGCAGACUGUCCAUCAGAAUAUUGUACAGAAAAAAAUAUUAUUUUUCAAAAUGUUUUUUCUUUUAUUGCUUAUGUUUUCUUUAAAGAAACAUGUACUGUAAAGACCUUAAAGAAACAUGUACUGUAAAGACCUUAAAGAAACAUGUACUGUAAAGACCUUAAAGAAACAUGUACUGUAAAGACCUUAAAGAAACAUGUACUGUAAAGACCUUAAAGAAAUGCUA